AUGGGGACGGCCAUCGUGCAUUGGCCCUUUCGGCAUCCAGCGAACUUUUGCAGCGUGGACGAGGAAGGAGCAUGGAUCAAGGGACCCUAUGUUCCCAAUACCCUUCCGGAUGACUUCCCACUGCCAUUCCGACUUCAAUUUCGCUGCGUAGACUCGGCUCCCGUGCGCCGCAAUGAGCCCACUACGUUAAGAUGGUCCGAAUGGAGAGAAGUCGAGGCUUACGAGUUUGUGGCGCGACGACGCCCGAACAGACACCGUUCGCAGCGUGCGGCCCUUCGAUUGACAAGCCAGGGCCAGUUUGAUGCUGGCGAUAUUGAUGACAUCAGACCAGGCGAACUGGAAGCUGAGUUUAUGGACCCAGCCCAGGACCCGUUGGGCGUUCUUGUCUCCGAUGAUUGGGCAGUGCUUGUCUCUGGCCUGGAUAUAGCAGAGGAGUCUGCCGGGUCGGGUCUGACGCAGCUGCGCUGGGUCUCCUGCAGUGUGGAGGGCUGUGUGUCUGCGGCCUCUUGCACGCUUUGUAUUCAAGUCGCUCCGCCCUGCGCUGCAGUGUCGGUACAACAUGUUGUAGUCAACUGCAGCUCCAGUAGCCACCGUGGCCGUGUGGAGACUGAGGGUGCUGCCGGGAGGACACAGGAAGAGCGCGACGAAUGGGUCGUGCACGAGAUUCGACAUGUAGCCCGGCUCUCUUGGCAAAUGGACUCACGAUCCCCCUCCUUCAGUUUCAUCAGCACGUUCCAGGUCCGCUACAAGGAGGUUCCACCUGGCAAAGACCCAGAAGACCUGCCUUGGCGAGAGCUCUCUCUCGUGGCGCUGCAGGAAGCAACAGACGAGACCGAUGUAGGCAAGCUAGUGGCUGGUGACAGCUACCUUGCAAGCUUCACCUACGAUGUGACAUCUGUGCCCCUCCUUCGUUUCCAUCGCUAUGUCUUCGCGGUGCAGGUUCGCAGCGAUGAGAUAUGCUCACCGUGGUCGCCGCCUUCGAAGCCACUGCACCUCUUGCUUCCCGAGGUGGUUCCACCUCUGCAGAUGGAGGAGGCAUCUACCAGCGAAGGUUCGGAGCAGGAGCUGUCGCAGGAUGAGGGUGCUGAGAAGACGGAUGCUGACGAGGCAAAGGAGGAGGGACCCGAGGAAGCCGCACAAAGAGACGGAGGCCUCGGCGGGGAACCCGAGGAGUUGAAGCGAGGCCAGGAAGAAGCCGAGGAACCCGAGGAACCCGAGGAACCCGAGAAAGUGGGAGAGGAGGAAGAGCAGGGGCGAGGUGACAAGGCCCAAGAAGCUGAAGCCGAAGAGGCCGGCGAUGAAAAAAAUGACAGCAAGGAGAGAGAGGAAAGGGAAGAGAACGUGGAGAAAUGUGGGGAGCAACCCCAGAAGGAGAAAGCAGCGCAGUCUCGCAGCCAGGCCAGAAGGAGAACGCGGCGCAGACCAAAGAAAGCUGGCAAGGUGAAGCUGCUGGAUGCUGAGGUGCUGUGUGCUUCCAAGGACCCCAUGGAGUGGUGUAUCCAGUUGCGCUGGCGGCCGUUCCCACUGGAAGGAGAUGGAGCUCAAGUUUUUCCAUCUCUGCUUUCUCUACCGUCAGAGUUCCAGGUGUCCUACUUCAUCUUGUCGGAGCGCCCCUGCGCCGAGGCGCAGGAGGAAGCCGCCAGCUUUGCUCCUCCGUUUGUUCGCGGCUUUGCGGCCAACGCGGACGCGCAGCUGGCGGCGCAGCGGGCGGCGUCUGUCGUUUGCCUGGAGGGAUCCAUGAGCCCUAGCGAAGAGGUGGUUUAUCGUCGCUUGCCCCGCAGUCGCCUGCCACCACUGCGCUGCGAUGUACGGCUGUUCAUCGUGAGUCGCAGCAUGGCCAUUACCGGGCCGCAGUGGUCUCGUGAAGCGCUUUGUGUGGAUCUUGCGCUUCCUCGGCAGAUGCAGCUCCCACUGCCUGUCCCACAACACCUCAGCUGCUGGGACCUUCGCCGGCGUGGUUUGCACAUGGACUUGAGGAACAGCAAAGAAGCAGCUCUGGAUGGUUGCUGGGCGGCCCUCAGCCUCCCGAAGUUUGCGCGGGAGCUGGCCUUGGCCGAGGGCGUGGAGGCAGAGGAUGCUGAAGACCUGUUGGAUCUUUGCAAGCGCGGAGCUGCCGCACACUACGUUCUGCAGUACAGGUCCUUCGAUCCUGAUGCCCCGUGCUCGAGUUCUUGCGCCCGGCCGUUGGAUGAGGAAUGUGAUUGGGUUGAGGUGCCCACCAUCCGACGGCUGGACGAGACAGCUGACGACAAUGAUGGCACAGAGCGGGUCUUCCUCGCGGCUGGACUGGACGAGUCGCUGGUUCGACGCCUUCCCGCCGAGGCAGCACUUGGUCAUGCCUGGGCAAAGUUUCGCUUGGCAUCACGGCGGAUGAGCCAUUUCAGCUACGCAUCUGCGGCAGCGCCUGUGUCCCCACUCACUCCUCCGGCAAAGCCUGGGCUUGCCGUGCAAUGGGUCGACAGCCCCAGCCUGGAUGGGAUACGAAUUCAAGUAUCUGCAGCUUGUGAUGAUCUCAGCCAGGGCUUCCAACUGCGCUUCCGGCUCUCAGCAGCAGAUCCCAGCCAAGAAUCCUCCUGGUCCGUGGGACCGCUGGUGCCAUUGGAGAAGGAGAUGUCGAAAGGUACUGGAAUUAAUGCCUGGGCGCCGAUACAUGAGCUCUCCUACCAUUCCGAGUACUGCUUCAGCCUCCGGAGCUGCUCUGCCUGCCGAUUCUCGCCAUGGUCAGAGGAGUCGGAUCCCUUUCGCGUGUCGCUGGAGCAGUUCGGCAUGUGCCAGGAUGAUGGCUUGCAGAUUUCCUUCCUAGGGCAGGGAGAACGUCACAAUUGUCGCUGUUCAGUUGCCGACGUGUCGUGGGCCCCACUAUGCUUUCCGACCUUCGCGUGGUCCGCUGAUAGUGUGAGCCCAGCCCCGCCGAUGACAAUUGAAUAUCGAUUGCGGUGGCGUCGAAGGCUGGAUGCGUACAAUGAUGCAUCCGCCAUGUUCGCAUCGAUGAAUGAGAUUCGUGACCUCUACGCUGCAGACGACGACUGGAAGGGCGCCUGCAAGGAGUCUGACGAAGAAGCGCGCCGAGUGGGGAUCGGUUACGUGAGGCUGAUGAUGCCGGAUCCUGAUGAGGGCUUGCAGGACGUUGCUCUGCGUGGGUACUAUGGUGACUGCACAAAGAGGCUGUUUGGCAGACCCGAGCAUACGCCUUGGCAAACCGCGGCGAUCGUCACUGCCAAGGUGGCUGGACCGUUGGCCGUUUCCAGGUGUGGCUAUGCCUUGACUUUUCUUCAGCCGGGCAUGGACUACGAGGUGGCCGUCGACUGGCGAUGGCGGCGCUUGGGGGACCAAUUCUGGAUGCCGGCUUUCGAGAAGUGCUUCACCGUCCCAGCGAGACCUGCCAGCCCCGAUGUCCCACGGCCACUGCGGAUCCUGCCAGAGGUUUUGGAUGGUCACGAUGGUCUUCGAGCACUUGUGGAAAGAGGUGCAUCCGGCUACGGCCUCUUCCAGUGGCCCUUUGCCCACCCUCCUUGCUCGCAACUGGCCCUGCCUCCGCCACAAGCACAGCUGACACAAGAGCUGCGAGAAGAUCCAGGACGCCACAGCUCCUUUGCCAUUCAGUGCCGUGCUCGCCCAAGUGGUGGCUGGAAAACUUGCCAGGUGCACUUUCUGGAGAUCGCAGGCAAGCCCACGUGUUUCGUGGAGGCUGCCGAAGCGGUUGCAGAGGAGCAGCCAGUGGCGGAUGCCACUGACGAGCCGAAGCCCACAACCUUGCCGAAGGUUCCCCUGCUCGAAGAUGACGAAGUUGAGUUCCGCAUCCUGCGCCUGGGGGAUUGCGAGGCCUCUGAAGUUGUGUUCUACCCCGCGCCACCGAUUGAACCUCCGACUGCCGUGCAGAGCAGGCUCAAAAUGCUUGGUCCCCACUCGGAGCUUGCACUGAGCAUCAGCUUUCGUGGGCUGCCAACACUGGGCGCAGCUUCCGCCGCCCGAGAGUACCAGGUGUUGGUUCAGGAGAUGGAAGGAUCUCGAAUCGCGAAGGAGCGCAUCCUGCCACCGUGCAGACUGCCGCUGCAGCGCAUUGCGGAGGCCUUUGACGGAGCCAGACAGCGCCCAGACUUUCUCGGUGCACGGCCGCAGACGCUCCAGGCCGAGCGCGGCGGGGGCGAAGCCGUACAAUUCCUGGAGCCCCUGGAGUUUGAGCACUUGCUGACUCUUCGGGACCUUGUCUAUGGGAAGCACUACCGCAUCGCUCUGCGCUGGCUAUCGCAAUGGAAGGUUUCGGCAUGGAGCGAAGCUACCGACGCGACAAUUCUCUUCCCAGCUCCGACAUAUGAGGAAGGAGCAGAACUCUCUAUCGAGUCCUUGGAGUCUUUCGACCUCAUGCCCGCCUUGGCUGGCGAGGAGUUCAAGCCACCUGCGCUCUGGCAUCGAGCUGAAGUGGCCUGGUCUGCAUUCCAGGCCUCUCUGUGGGGAGGUGGGCAGCUUGAGUAUCGGCUCGAACGGAGGUGUCUGCUUCACGACAAGCGACGCAACACAGGAGGAGACAUCUUGCCUGCUCGUGACGAAGCAGAGCUGGACACCUCGCAGUGGGAGCUGGCUGGCACCGUGCUCGCGAUGAUUGAAGAUGUCAGCGGCAAGGGGAUCAAGCAAAUCACAAAUCGGCCACAGACGGAGCAAGCGGAGCAAGCUGGCAGGUCCAACGCGGAAGACGAAGCUGAGGAGCUCCCACGCCGCACGCUCGCAAGAAAGGUCCUGGAGAUGACCUACCUUUCACACGCUGACGCUUGUGAUCCAUCUUUUGCGAGGCGGCGGGUUGCAAAAGCCGUUUGCCGGGAAAUCUUCGCACGUAUUUCUGGCAGAGAAGAAGGUACAGCGCAGGAUAGCGAGGACGUGGAGGACCCCGCACCUGUCCCAGACCCUCGCGCGUCGACUCUCCUGUUCCAUGCGGAGGAGCUGCUGCCUUCCGUGACCUACCAGUUUCGUCUCCUGGCACGUCUUGCGUUCCACCCAGCAUCUGGGCACGAAGGUGAAUGGUCGAGGCCAUUGAAUUCAGACUGGUACCGCCCGGAAGAAGCGGUCCCUCCUCCAGCACCACCUCGCGAAGCCGUUGCACCAGAUCCACCUCCUGAAGAACUCUUGCAAGAUGGUUCGCUCGUUCUGGUCUUUGACCACUUGCCAGUGCGGCAAGACGAGCGUCCCGCUGGCUGUUCGCCACCGCCGGCUCCCUUCCAGCUGCAGUUCCGCUCCGCGCAGGCGGCCGACACCGCAGAGUGGUUCCCCCUGGAGGGUCUUCCUCUCCGCGGCGACGAGAAAAGGAUUCUGGUCUCCGACGCUCGCUUACGGCAGCAUAGGGAAGAUGGUGUCGUCUUUCGACUUUGGCGUGCAUGGCUUCCCACCAGCCAUGACUCGCAUGCCGUGAAGGACGAUGCCCGAGUGCGCCAUUUCAGUUGCAGUGCUCUCAGGAUCGUCUAA